AUGAGCUUUUUCAAAAAGCCCGCGUGGGCAAUCAAGAACACGGGGGAAACUAGCACUGAUUUUUAUCGACGCUCAGAACAAACGCUCUCUGAUAUCAUUGCUGCGAACCGUGAAGCACAUCAAAAGCCGAAAUCACCGGAAAUCCCAGAACAUACCAAAGAUACCGAAGAUACCGAAGAUCCCAAACGAGAAAAGCGGCGUCGAAUUUCUAGGGAAAAGGGGAAAGGGCGCGAUGAUAGCAGCCUGGUGCGGAAUGUGACCCCUGGGGUUGAUAGCGAUAAAAUUGUGCUACCAGAGCCACAAGAGCUCUCGGGUUCCUCGCAUGAUUCCUCACCCGAGUCAGUCAAGCCAGUCAAACAACGCGAGACAAUCCAAAGACACAGCUCAGAAAACCGCUUGCCCCAGUCACCGCGGAAAGUCAGUGGUCCGGAACCACUAGGUGCUCUGCCUGUUAAACCAGUGAUUGUCCUGGCGGAUGACUCGGAAACUCGAAGCCCUCGACCUAUUCAACCUCCUCAGCCUGUUGAACCGGCGAAACUCCCAGAGGAUGACCCGGUCGUUCAGAUUAUGAUAUCAUCUGAAAUUGCGAACACGAAACCAUUAAUCGUCCAACGAAAAAUGUCACAGCGGCUAAGGGAUGUGCGGUUGGCAUGGUGCGAGCGACAAAAUUUCGACCCCCAAAUACAGGCAUCGAUUUACCUGACCUGGAAGGGCCGGCGUCUAUUCGAUGUGACAACUUGCAGGAGUCUAGGCAUAAAUACCGGGAAGAACUCUGCGGCGAUCCCUGGCAUUGAUGAUGACUCCUUUGCAGGCCAGAAAGAGCUGCGCAUACAUAUGGAAGCGGUUACUGAUUUACCUCUUCCGGUCAAUCAGCAAAUUACUUCGCCUGAUAAUGAAAAGCCCCCCACAGCGUCGCAAUCCCCAGAAGGUGACCAGGGUGAGCCAAUGAAACUUAUUCUGAGGAGUCUUGGAUACGACGAUUUCAGAAUCAAAGCAAGACAGAAAACCCUGAUCUCGCGACUCAUAUCUGCCUUUCGAGAUAAACAGAAUAUCUCUGCGGACCAUGAUAUAUUUCUCCUGUUUGAUGGGGACAAACUUGACCCUGAUUCAUGUCUUCGCGACUAUGACAUUGACGAUCUAGAUCUGGUGGAUGUCCAGAUCAAAUAA